AUGCAAUUCAUAAAUACUAGUCUGGCUAAACUUACAAAAAAUUUGGGUAAUAACCAUCCAAUAACAAGCCAACACUUUAAGAAUCAAGACUAUUCAGAUGGAAAAAUUUUAUUAAUAUGUCACAAAGAGAUUUAUCCUUAUGAGUAUAUCGAUUCUCAUGAUAGGUUUAAGGAAACAGAGCUUCCACCAAUUCACGAAUUUCAUGGUGUUCUAAGUGGCAAAUAUCAUGAUCUCUACCUUAAGACCAAUGUACUUAGCCUUGCUGAUGUCUGGACUAAAUUCUGGGAGACAUCUGAGAUAUUAUGA